AUGAGUGCCCAGCGAUCCUAAUAGAUCCAGGAAACUAAGGAAUACAGUUUAUACGAUCAUUUAAAUAUCUAACAAGAUGGUCAUAUAGAAGGUAAUUAAAGCAACAGUUUUGAACCUUAGAACUUAAAAAAAAGUAGCCAAAUAAGCGCAGAUUUUAAAAAUUAUCAGCAUUAAUUGAAAUAAGAUAGCAAAGAGUAAUUUAAAAAAUAGGAAUAGAGAAUUAGAAAAUCUCAUCAUUAUUCAAGUAGCAGCUCAAAGGAAGGAAAUGAAUCAAGCACAAACAAUAUAGAAAAGUAAGAAGGUGAUGAAGAAAUGAUUAGUGAUUAGGCAUCAUCCCAAGGAAAUUCAACUCCAAAUUAAAAAAUAAUAGAUUAUUCUUCAUCCUAAAUUGAAAAAAUUGAUUCUAUAUAAAGUACAUUCUCCAGGUAGAUUUCAGAAUAGCAAUCACAGCAAUUUAAGAUGCCUUCAGAUUACGAAGAAUCACAAUAAGCAACACCAAUAAGCUAAACUGUAUCUAAUUCUUAGAUUAAUAAAGUAAUGAUGAUGGAGGAAGGUGAGGAACAAGAAGAAUUUGUGAUGAAUUUUAAAGAUUAAAAAAAUAACAAAAAUUUAUUUAUUGACUACUCAAAAAUGAAUUUUUUGGGAAAUUUAAACUCUCAUGAUGAUACUAGAAACAAAGUUGAGUAGUAAUAUAGUCUUGCUGAUAAUUAAGAGUAUAUGGAAAGAGAGCAAACAUAAAUUUUGAGCUAAAUUAAAAAUCUAAAUCAUUUCUUAUAAACUAAGGAUUCCAAAUAAAUUUAAAAUGAAGAGUAAGUAAGUAAAAUGAGUGAUAGCGAUGACAGUUAAAAUAGCUUUGAUGAAUAAGAUAUAGAUUAAGAUAUUGAGGACUACUCAGAUGAAGAGGAUUCAGAUGAAUAGCAUUAAUAUUUUAAAACAAGGGAAGAUUUAAAAGAUUACUAGGUUCUUGAGAAAUUAUAAGAAAAAUUGAACAGUGCAAAAUAAAAUUCAAAUAUAAAUAAAGAUACAAAUUUCUAAGAGUAAUUUAAAUUAUUAUCUGCUUGUUAAAAUAGAGAGGAUUUGAAUACAAACAUUAAAAAUGCUAAUAAUUUCAUAGAAUUUAAUGAAUUAAUUUCUUAAAAAGAAAAUCAACCAAACUAGCAAAAGCAAGAACAUCUUCUUAGUAAAGAUCAAAAUAUGUGUAUAGUAGGCAAUAAAGCGGUUGAUUCUUCACUAUUAAAUGGAUAAAUUUCAAAUUAGCAAAAUAAUGACUUAUCAUCAACUUCUUUAUCAUUCCUUUAAGAAAGUGAAAAAAGAUAGAAAAAAAUAGAUUUGCUUUUAAGGAUGUAACAAUUUAAUGGGGAAUUAAAAAAUGAUUUUGAAUAAGCUUAAAAUGAGCUCCUAAAAUUAAAAACAUAAAAAUCACUUAAACUAUAAGAUUCUAAUGACUCACACUCUAUGCGAGAUUUGUAAGAUAGACAAAACAGAUACGAAGAUUCCAGCAACACUAAAUAAACCUACAAUAAAUAUUUUGAGACUAGUAAUUCUAUUUAAACUCCAGCUUUUAUUAUUGAGAAUAACUCUGAAUCUAAGUAGAGCAAUAGUAAUGGCGGAAUAAGUACUUAAUCAAAUACAUCUUUUGCCUAGCUAAAAUCAUCAGAGGUUGGGAGCAUUUACUUCGAAUAAAAUUUUGUAAAGUAAGAAAUAAAAAAUAACAAUUAGGUGAACUCAUAAAACAAUUUCAGCUAAGAAAAAGCCAUUUAAAUGAAAAUUUAGAAUGAAAGCAAUGAAAUUAAUGAAAAUGAUGAUUAAGAAAUAGUUUAAACAUAAACUAAGGUAAAUUAAAAGCUUAUUCAAGGUAAUAACCAAAAAAAUGAAUAAAAUUGUAGCAAUUUUGAUCAGUAAUAUUAAUAAGAUCAAAAUGUAACUUAAAUAUAAAAAUAAAAAUAAAAGUAGUCACUGACUGAAAAUAAAGUUCAAAAUAGCAUAUAGGAUCACAUGGAUUAACUCUAAGCUUUAGAGUAAGAGAAGCUAAAAAUUUAAAAACUAAUUUUAGAAAAGUAAAAAAAGCUUAUGAUCAACUCAGAAAACUAAUAACAUGCUGAAAUUUAAACUAAAAGUAGUAUAACCACUUUAAAUUCCCCUUCUAAGAAUAUUUCAUAAUUUUCAACAAACUCUGAAUAGACACAACAAAAUAGUAUGCCAUCAAGCACCAAUUAAUAGUCAAAUCAGCAAUCUUUUAUUCUUUCUUAGCAAGAUGUUUUCUAUUAAACUUUUAAUGGCCCAGCUUAGCUUUAAAAUGGAAUAAAUGGGCACAAUCAGAUGUAGUUUUAAAAUUAGCAAUAAUUAAUUCCAUAACAAUUGAUAUAGGUAGUUUAACAAAAUUAUUAACAGCCUGUAGAAAAAAUUUCAAGUUGUUAACGCCAAAAAGACUAAGAUUUCAAAAAAAAAGCUACAAGCAGAAGUAAAAAUCCAUAAAAAAAGAGCCAAAGCUAAAAAUCAGCCAAAAAAACAAAUUAAGACUAAUCAAAUAUUAAAAGCGAGGCUACUAGCAAUAAUACUUCAUCAAAAAAAUUAAUCAGCAGAAACGUUUCAAAUCCAAAAAUAUAAAGUAGUUAACAAAAAUGUGAAACUGUUGCUGCAGAAGGUGUAGAAAUGAAAAAAUAACUUGAAGAAAAGUUUUAAAUGUAACUAGAAGAAAUACAUUAUAAAAAUCAUAUAAAAGUUUAAAAAAUUAUGGAAAAAGUAAAAAAGCUAGAGGAUGAAAAUAAGAGCCUUAAACACGAGCUUCAAAUUAGAUCAUUAGCAGCUAAAGAGCUUAAAGAAAGUGAAGCACGUGUAGCUAACCUAGCAUAAAGUAUAUAGGAUAUACAAAUAGGUAAAUUAAUUUAAGAUGAGUUAGAAGUAAGAUCUAUGCAAGAGGCCUAUUUGAAAUUAAAAAAUGAAUUUAAAAACUACAAACAAGAAAAAAAAUUUAUUAACUGUAUAGUUGAUAUGGUAAAUAGCUGUAAUCCUCCUUCUAAUUAGAAGUCUUAGAAAUAAGGAACACAUCAAAAUAUUUCAAGUUCAAUAGAAUAGUAAAGUUAGUAGUAAUAAAAUGGUGACUAAAGCAACCUAAAAUAAGCUUGGAAAUGGCUGAAAUUCAUAAUAGAAGACUAUGUUAAUUUAAAAAGUAAGAUAGGUUUUUAAAACAACAACCUUCCUUAUGGUAAUAAGCUUGAUAAAAAUAGCUAGAUGUAUAAGUCAUGCGUGGUAGAGAAUCAGAGUUUGAACAAGUAAAAUUAAAUAGACUAAGUUUCACAAUCUCUCCCUUUGACAUCAGAUACAGUAGUACUUUAAGAAAUAAAUACUUAUCUUAAAGCAGAAAACAAAUAUGAAUCUUUGAAAUAAAUCAAAGAAAUAGUAUCUUAGAAUGAGCUGCUCAGAUAAUAAGUUACAUACUAUUAAAAAAAAGGAGCAGAUACUUCAAUUUCUUCAUCAGUUUCAUCUUCUUCGAAUAUUUCCUAAAAUAAUACUACAUCUAAAAGAAUUCAAACUGUCGGAAGUGGAAGCUUACCUUAUAACAUUACUAGAGAAUCUGGAAUUCAUUCUCCAACUUCUUCACAGCCACUAUUUAUAUAACACUCGUAGUAACAAUAGCGUUUACUUUCACCUUCAUCUUAACAAAAGCAGAAUAUUCAAUAAAGUCUAAAAUAAAACACUCAAUUCGCACCAAGCUAAGUAUAAAAAAAUAAUACUUAGUAAAAAUAAGUGUUUUCUUAGGCAAAUUAAAUUAGCACAAACAAUAAUGCAAGCAGUUUGAUCUCAAAUUAGAGCGAUGGGAUCAAUACAAAGUAACAAUUAUUGAGAAAACUUUCUCCCAAAAAAGUGAACAAUACAAAUAUUUAGAGUGAAAAUGAUUUUAAUAGCUUAAAUUAUAACAGUAAUAGUAUUGCUGGAUCUUAGGGUAAUGGCCUUAAUAUUAACUUCAAUCAGGCAUACUUAAAAUAAAGCGUUCCUAGUAAUUAAAAAAUUUUGAAUAACUAAACGAGUUAGAAUACAGCAUGUACUUCGCCUUAAAGAUAAUACACAUAAGGCAGUAUAAAGUCUUCUUAAAAUAACGAAAGACUUAGCACUCUUCACUAAUCACCAAGAGACAAUCAAAAUCGUAACUAUAAUACCAACAACUCAUAAAAUCCAAACUAAUUAAUGAGUAGCCCCUCAUCCUCUUCUUCUUAUUCAAGAAUUAAAGGAGGAGGUUAAUGCUAUAGCACUAAUCCCUACUUGCAAGUUGUUGAAAAAUAAUAAUCUAUGUAGUUUUGA